CGAUCAGUAUCGCUUGGAGGCGCUGUUAGCCGGGAGCUAACCGCGGCUAACAGCGCGGAGAGAGGAACAAGGAAGCGGACGGCUCGCUGCGCUGCUCCGGAGCUAACGCGGGCUAACGGCUGCUAAUAUCCUCUCUAAUGAGCGACCCAGGAGCAUGCGACCUGAUACGAAGAGCUGACUUGUUCGGGGAUGUCGGGCAGUAAGGCGCUGGGCGGCGGGGCUGGCGGCGGGGCGAGGCGCAGGCGGACGCGGUGCCGGCGCUGCCAGGCCUGCAUGAGGACCGAGUGUGGAGAGUGUCACUUCUGUAAGGACAUGAAGAAGUUUGGAGGGCCCGGCCGGAUGAAGCAGUCCUGCCUCCUGAGACAGUGCACGGCGCCGGUGUUGCCUCACACGGCGGUGUGUUUUGCGUGCGGCGAGGCGGGGAAGGAGGACACGGUGGACUCUGAGGAGGAGAAGUUCAGCCUGUCUCUGAUGGAGUGCACCAUCUGCAACGAAAUUAUCCACCCCAGCUGCCUCAAGAUGGGGAAAGCUGAAGGCAUCAUCAACGAUGAGAUCCCAAACUGCUGGGAGUGUCCAAAGUGCCACAAGGAGGGCAAGACCAGUAAGGACCAGGCCGACGGCUCGGGGAAGCGCAGGCUGGAUAACGGGGAGGUCGGCCGCUGGAAGCUGACGGACGACCCGCCCCCGAAGAAGAAAGCCCCUCCCUCCCUGGAGGAGGGCGGGAGGACGGAGGGGGGGCACAAGAGGAAGAAGGAGAAGGAGCUUCCUCCAGACAGCGGACCCAAGAAGAAGAUGAAGGGCGCACACGAAAAACGCCUCAAAAAGAAACCCAAACAGGAGGCGGUGGAGUCCAACGGUCCCACCUCCUCAGCUGGAGGAGGAGCCGGAGGACUGCAGGGCUCCUCUACCUCCUCCUCUUCGUCCUCUCAGCCCGGGGGAGGAGGCGGGGGAGGAGGAGGCGGAGGUGCGGGGGGGACGUCGAGUGCAGACCAGCGUUCCCAUCACAGAGAGAAACUGGAGCGCUUUAAGAGGAUGUGUCUGCUGGAGCGCCGGCCCGAGUCCUCGUCCUCCUCCUCCUCCAGCUCCGAGUCCGACUCCGAGUCCGACUCUGACGACUCCCUGCGAGGGGAGCAGGGGGGAGGAGGCUCCUCGCCGUCCUCCUCCUCGCCGGCCCCGCCUCCUCCCGUCGUCUACGGCAACAGCAGCGGGAGCCGGGCGGAGAGGGAGAGGAGUCGCAGCGAGCGGGAGAGAGAGAGGGAGAGGGAGCGGCGGCUGGCCGAGCUGGGUUUCAGCGCCAGCGAGGAGUCGGAGGGGGAGGGAGGGAGGGGGGAGGAGGAAGAGCGGGAAGAGGAGCAGGCGGCGGACAAGGCCCGGCGGAGAGGAGGGGAGGCGGGGCUUCUGCCACGCGGACGGAAAGGAGCAAUGAUGGACGCGGAGGAGGAGGACACGCCCACCUCAGACAGGACCAGGAAAAACUCCACCUCCCUCCCCCCGCCGUCCCCUCUCUCCUCCAAUCAGAUGCCUCCGUCCUCGCAGCACGACGGCUUCACGGGGAAGCAGCGCAGCAACGGGCAGGAGGCGCGAAACGGACGGACACGGGGAGGAACAGGAGGGGGCAGGGAGGGGGGCGAGAAGGAGAACGCCAGCGGUGUUCUGACCAAUCACAGACACGGCGGGGGAGGAGGGGGCGGGACUAAAGGCAGCCGCGGCAACAAGAUCCGUAGCAACAGUAAGAACCAGACGUCCGGCUCCAGGAACAUCACCUCCUCCUCGUCCUCCUCCAUCCCCACCUCCAACGGGGGAGGAGGAGGAGGGGGAGGUACGGGGGCGGGCGGCCUGCUGAUGUCAGCGAUGGCGGCGUCGCCGUGCUCCCAGCCUUCCCGCCUCGCUCCGCGCUCUCAGAUGAUGAAGCGCAGCCCGCCGGCCGUGCCGUCGCCGCCGCGGCCCGUCCAGAUGGAGAGACACCUGGUGCGUCCUCCGCCCGCCUGCCCCGAGCCGUCCUGCCUGCCGCUGGACUCCGGCUCCUCCCACAUCAUGACGCGUGACGUGUGGCUCAGAGUCUUCACGCACCUCAGCCAGAGAGAGCUGUGCGUCUGCAUGAGAGUGUGUCGCACCUGGAGCCGCUGGUGUUGUGACAAAAGGUUGUGGACUCAGAUCGACCUGAGCCGGCAGCGCUCCAUCACCCCCCCCAUGCUGAGUGGUAUAAUCCGCCGGCAGCCCGUCUCCCUCAACCUGGGCUAUACCAACAUCUCCAAGAAACAGCUGAUGUGGCUCAUCAACCGCCUGCAAGGUCUGUUGGAGCUGAACGUGUCGGGCUGUUCGUGGCCGGCGGUCUCGGCUCUGUGUCAGGCCGUCUGUCCCUGUCUGAGGCUGCUGGAUCUCAGCAGAGUGGAGGACCUGAAAGACUCCCACCUGAGAGAGCUGCUGGCCCCCCCACCUGACACCAGGACAGCCCACGGUGAAACCAGAGUGGGGCGUUUCCAGAACGUGACGGAGCUGCGAUUGGCCGGUUUGGACCUGACGGAAGCGUCGUCCCGCCUGUUGGUGCGUUACGUUCCUCGUCUGGCCAAGUUGGACCUGAGUCAGUGCGGAAACAUCACGGACCAGACGAUCCAGACCCUGACGUCCCCCAUCUCCCCCCUGAGAGAGAGCCUGACCCACAUCAACCUGGCAGGUUGUGUGAAGGUGACGGAGCAGUGCGUCCCGUUGCUGCGUCGCUGCACCUCCCUGCAGAUGGCGGACCUGCGCUCCUGCUCCCUCCUCUCCUCUGAGAUCGGACAGCUCCUCUCCUUCCCCACCCACACCUCCUCCUCCUCUUCCUCCUCCACCACCACCUCCUCCUCAUCUUCCUCUUCUUCUGCCACCACAACCACCACCACCACCACCACGGUCGCUGCUUCCUCCUCCACGUCCGCGUCCUCCUCCUCCUCCUCCUCCUGUCCUCCUGAAGACAGAACGCUGCUAAAGAACAGCUAAAGCGCUCCAUGAUGACGUGACACUUGAGUUUCAAGGCUUACAAGCCCCGCCUCCCGCCUCGUUACACUACAGACAGGUGAGGAAGAGGAGGAGGAGGGACCUGUGCAACAUUUCUCCUGAUAAAGUGUUUGAGGAAAAAGCGACCACAGUAGAAGAAGAAGAGGAGGAAGAGGAGGUGGAGGAGAGACGUAUUUUGGGAAAGUUGUCGGUAAUAGUUGAGUAAAAAUAGAAACCCUGAGCAUGUA